UGCUUCUUUACAAUUUCUUUACUGACGUGACUUAUGAUCAGAAGGGAUCCUCUCUGCAAAACACAUCAUCAUCAUCUUCCCUCCCUCUCUUGAAUACCAACCAAUUCAAAAGCUUUUUUCAAGAUUUCUUGAUUUCCAUCUGUUUUGAUAGCAAGAAAAUUCAAGGGUUUUCUCUUGAUUUGUUUAUACCCUUUUUCAAGAUUUUGUUGGGUGAUUCAAGAUGAUGAGUACGGCGGCGGAAGGUGGUGGAACAGUAAGGAAUAAUGGUGGUGGUGGUGGUGGUGGUAGGUACCCAUUUACAGCAACUCAAUGGCAAGAGCUAGAACACCAAGCUCUUGUUUACAAAUACAUGAUUUCUGGCAUGCCUAUCCCACCUGAUCUCCUCUUCACCAUCAAGAGAAGCUUGGAUUCUUCCACAAAGCUCAUUCUUCACCACCAACCUCCUCAUCCUUCAAUUGGAUGGAACUGUUUUCAAAUGGGAUUUGGGAGGAAAAUAGAUCCAGAACCAGGGAGGUGCAGAAGAACAGAUGGUAAGAAAUGGAGAUGCUCCAAAGAAGCUUAUCCUGAUUCCAAAUACUGUGAAAGGCACAUGCACAGAGGCAGAAACCGUUCAAGAAAGCCUGUGGAAGUCAACAUGUCAACAACACCCAAAACACCACCAACAGCUAUUCCAAUGAUCCCAUCAUCAAUCUGUACCAAAUCCCCAAAUUACCCUUCUCCCAAUUCCCAUCCAUUCUCAUCUACUGAUCACUUUUAUAAUACCCCCCACCUUUCUUCUUUUUCUAGGCCUUCUUCUGGUAGUGGUGGUAUUCAAGAUCAUUUCUUGUUGGAAUCUAGCCCAUACUCCCAUUCAGACAAAGAUUACAGAAAAAGCUUUGGGAUGAAAGAAGAGAUAGAUGAGCACAGAUUUUUCUCAGAAUCUUCUGGAACCAUCAAGACUCUUUCUGGUUCUUCAAUGGCUGAUUCUUGGCAAUUGGAACCACUGGCUAUGAACAAUUUGACCCAUUCAAAACAGACAUCUUUCUCUGAUCAAUACCAUCAUCAUCAAAAUGGUUACUCAUAUCAGCAACAACAACAGCAGCAGCAAGAUCAGAGUUAUUAUGAUCAAUUCUCUUUGAAGUUUGAAAGAAAAGAUGAACCCCAGAAAGUAAUGCAUCAUUUCUUUGAUGAAUGGCCACCCAAUGAUAAUAACAAAGAUUCUUCCACAACUCGGCUCUCGAUUUCCAUCCCCAAUUCUGCUCAUAACUUCUUCCUGACACAUAAUGAUAAAUGAGAAAUGGGUUGUUGAAAGAGAGGCCAAAGAAGCACUUUCACUUGGUUAACAGUGGUAGUUUGAUUAGUGUUUGAAUGUGUGUGUGUGUGUGUGUGAUCUUACUUACCUUCAAACUAUAUCAAGAAAUGAGAGAACAUUUGCUGUGUUUUAAUUUUUUAGUUUGUUUUUGUCUUGUUUUGAUUGAUAUGAGUGGGGUCAAUCAAAACUCUGAAAUUUUGCAGCAUAUUUUGUAUGUUUGCAGAAGUAGAUUGACAUCUUCUUGAA